AUGCGCAAAUUCUCAACAAUGCGUCCAAAUCAUGAUGAAGCAGCUGAUAUUAGCCGAAGUUCCACAGCUCUAUCACGAGCAUUCAUACCUCUGCGUUAUAUUCCAACUUCAGAUUUAGGUCAUUCAAUUCUAGCCAAUAGUGAUAAGGAUAUUUCAUUAAAAGCAGUGCGAGAAGGUGGAAUGCUAUCACCGAAAAUGGUAUUCGCUGCAAAAAUAUUAUCAUUAUCCAGUUCAGCAGUUAGUCUUGCUAUGAUACCAAUAAUAUCGCAACUUACAACUGGAAAACCGGAAGCUGGAACCAUUACCGCAGUUCUGGAUUCGUUCUUCAUUUUUUAUGCCUUUACACCGAUUUUAUUGCAUCAAAUCCUGGUGAAACGAUAUGUGGUUGAUUUAUAUUAUAAUCCAUAUACGGAGAUUUUCACAUCAGUACACUUCGGAUUUCUCUUGGGCAAAAAAGCGCUAAGGUUUCGAGCAGAAGAUGUGGUGGAUUCGAAUCAGUCGCCAGAUAUGUUCAAAAUAUGGUUUCCUCUGGCUACUGUUGUAUUUUCACGUGAGGAAUCAUCAAAUAUUGUUACCAGCUGUACCGGAACGAUCAUUUCCACUCAGUUAGUACUAACUUCAUCACAUUGCUUACUGAAUGCAACAACCGGUGGAAGGCUAUCCGAAUUCGUAGUUACUGUGCAAUCAUUGAAGCGAGUUAAAACAUUACCAGCUGAAGUGGUCGAAAUCGGACAAACCUGGGGAAUAUUGAAAAUUCCCGAAAUACCAGUAUCAACACUUUGCCCACCGGUACCAGCACCAAAACGAGUAGCUCAAUUAAAUGUUCGACCAUCAUUGCUACAAUCAUCGGUCAUAGAUAUUGACAUAUUGAAGUUGAAAAAGAAAAAAUGUUGGAUUGUUGGAUUUGCUACCACAGAUAACGCAACUGAAUUCAUCAAACAGGAUCAAAUUCACUUAAUUAACAUUCAAUCGAUCAAUCCUGUAAAGGAUAAGCCUAAUUAUUUUUGGUCAUCCAUUGUUGCUAAUGAGACUGCAUGUUGGGAUGACGCCGGUGCAGCUCUUUUUUGUUCGAUACGAAAUUGGGGACAUCUAUUAAUUGGUAUAUUUCAACAUUUGAUAACACCAAAGAAACCGAUCAAUCCACAGAAAGAAGAUGAAAAAAUGGAUAUGAAGGAUAGUUGCAGUCGUGCAAUUGAAAUGCGCUUUUCAAAAAUGACCAAUCAACAAAAAAUGUUUGAAGCAAUCCAAAAAUUUGAUUUUGCCGCAUUUGUUAGCAUAUAUCAGAAUUGUUUCCGGGAAAUUCCGCAUAAUUUAACACCUGGAAAAUAA